AUGGACCUCGGUGGUGAAAAUUUUUCUCCUAUCUUGGAAGAAAUAGAGGUAGAAGAGUCACAUGAAGCCUCUUCACCUCCCACCAUCACUCCUCUUGCACAACAAGGAGACCUUAGUUUGAUUCAAAUUGUGCAACAACUAGAAGAGAGUAGAAGGGAGACCAUUGCACAACUAAGGAAAGAUAAAGGACAAAGUGAGAUGAUGCUUAGAGAACACAUCCAAAGGGUUGAACUAAGGGAGGAAGAUAGGAGGAGGAGGAAGUCAUCUUCAAGAGACACUUAUGAGGAUUAUGGAGGAAGGAGGAGGCACCAUUCCCUUCCAAGGAGACAACUACCACCAAUCAAGAUUCCAAAGUUCAAAGGAGAAGAAGAUCCCAACAUCUACUUGGAGUGGGAGCAAAAACUUACCCCACUAGCCCUUAUCCAUCCUUCCAAGAAACCACCUCUUCUUGUCCUCAAGAUUUGGCCCAAGUUUUAA